AUGACACUACUUUCCACCGCUGAGCCCACCGGUCUCUGCGACAAGGCUGCUUUGUAUCAGAACAGUCUAUCGACCAGUAUCAACAGUUUAGGUAACAUCGUAGCCAGUUUGUUUGCUUUGAUUAUAUUGUUGUAUGUUGCGGCUACACGGUCAACCAGAAGUUUGGUUUUUCACUUCAAUUUUAGGGUAGGUACUAUUAUUUUGGUAUUUUAAGGUAGACUUUACUGUACUUUGUAUUUUUUUUAAAAUUACUAUACUUUAUUCUCAUACUUUUUCCCUUAAAUACCAUCUCAAUUUACAAUUAAUCGUCUAUACCUUGACUAUGCAACUACUUUAAUUAUUAAUUCUUUAAUAUAACACUGAAUUAUUUAGAUACUAUUAUAUAACAGCUGGAUGGUAGUGUUCGUAUACCUCUGGACUACAAUAAUUGCCUUUUUGUAUGAUUUAGUCCUACAGUUAACCUCAUUACCAUGCCACAACACCUACGUCUACUACAAAUGUCUGAUGUUCAGAUGGCCUAUAGCCUUGUCAAGUUGUGCCAUCAACUUUUUUCACUUUGCCAUCUUCUUCGAGCGUACUGUAGCCAAGCAAAUGUUCAAAAGAUACGAAAAUGGAUGCAAGUUUCUGGGUAUUUUCCUCAUUUUAUUUACUGUAAGUGUUUUUGCUAAGUACGGAGUGCCUUAUUUUAUGUCUUAAACAGGAUAAGUGGACUACUAUAACAUAUGACAUACUUUUUAUAAACAUACUAUUCGAACCCAUUAUAUACAGCCUUAAUAUAACAUGUAAUUAUCAGUAUCUCAAAGAUUAAAAUGCAGAAGAAUCUAACAGUCUGAAAACAGACAUAAACUAACUAUUAUGUACUACGUCCUAUAUAUGAUAUACUUUAUACAUAACCUAGCCUUUUUAUAUGUACAUAACCUAGGUUAAAAGUUAUCAACGGUUCAAAAAAUAAUACUUUAAUCAAAUUUGCAUAUCAAUAAAAAAUUUAUCCUUCAGUGGGCACUCCUGAUCACCUUGUUUUUCUUUUCCUACCGUGUACACGACUACCACACUACAGUAGCCGUAUGUUCAGUUACAAUAGUAGAAAACGAAGACAGGAUACGAUACAUGGCCAAUGGCAUGUUAACAUGCAACAUGUUUAUAGUGUUAGGAGAGAUGUACCUAUGGUUUACAAAUAGACGCAAAGUUAAAAGAAAGUAAGUGUUUCGUUGUGCAUUUUAUUACCUAAAUAUACAAUACGACCAGAAUAUAAAUAAACUAGGUACAGUACGUAAUGUCAUAAGGAAAUAACACAGCAUAUCAUUAUGCAUUCAUUUCCUUAUAUACAAUAUCAUUACCUAUUACAAUUACACUAAAGUCAAAAUGUAAUUAUCCAUAUAGAUAUAUUUCGAGAAAUGACACAAAGAUAACCAUAUGUUUUAUCAUUUCUAUAUACUUUAGAGUAUAUAGUCACUACUCGUUGACAGAAUCGUACCAAAAAUCUGAGAACUACAUAACCAGUGUGCUGGUUCUGCCAAUCUCAAUAACUCACUCGGUAUUAUAUACCUUUUACUUAUUUACCGCACAGUUAAUCAGGAAUUAUAUUAGUAAUGACACACACCCUAUUCUCAACGUAUCUCUGCUUACGUUGGCACAUCAGGUUCGUUCAUUACAGUUUAUAUGAUGCCACUUCAUAACAAUAGUAAAUUGCAUAUUUUGUGACCUUACUUUACCAAGAAACUUGAUUAAUAUCGUAUUAUCGUAAUGCAAUGUAUAAUCUUACUUUGCUAAAUCAAAAUUGCCGUUUUUCUAGUAAUUUGACGUAGCAUUUACAGCCUAGAAAAACAUCUUACUCUUAAAAAUACUGUGAGGGUAAACCACUGCAUACCCUAAGAGUAUUUUAGUAGCUGAAUAAUUGUGACGUAUCUUGUUGUAGGUAAUCUACUUUGACAUCAGCUUGUGCCUUCUAUUCUACCUCAUCAUAUCUCGUCGGAUAGAAAACAACAAGAAGAUCGAAGAACUAAACAUGGCCAAUAACGUACGAUCUAAUACGUAUUUCACUCUACUACAACGACAGAUCAAGUAA